AGGCUCCUGCGGAGCCCGGGUGCUGGAGUCCCUCUGCCAACUGAGAGCAGCGACCGUCCCCGAGCAGGCUCAGGAUGCGGCCGGGAUGGACAGGGGGCGCGCCCUUGCUGGUGUUAGUGCUCAGUCAAGGCAUUUUACAUUGUUGUGUGGCAUACAAUGUGGGUCUCCUAGGAGCAAAGAUAUUUUCUGGUCCUUCAAGCGAACAGUUUGGCUAUGCUGUGCAGCAGUUUAUAAACCCAGAAGGCAACUGGUUACUAGUUGGCUCACCUUGGAGCGGCUUUCCUGAGAACCGAAUGGGAGACGUGUAUAAAUGUCCUGUAGAUCUGCCCACUGCGACAUGUGAAAAACUGCAUCUGGAAACUGCCACAACCAUUCCCAAUGUUACUGAAAUGAAAACCAACAUGAGCCUUGGCUUGACACUCACAAGGAACGGAGGAACCGGAGGAUUUCUUACGUGCGGUCCCCUGUGGGCACAGCAAUGCGGAAGCCAGUAUUAUGCAACUGGUGUUUGUUCUGAUAUCAGUCCCGAUUUCCAGCUCUUGGCCAGCUUUGCACCUGCAGUUCAGACCUGCCCUUCUCUCAUAGAUGUUGUGGUUGUAUGUGAUGAGUCAAACAGUAUUUAUCCCUGGGAUGCAGUAAAGAAUUUUUUGGAAAAAUUUGUUCAAGGCCUGGAUAUAGGCCCCACAAAGACACAGGUGGGGUUAAUUCAGUAUGCCAACAACCCAAGAGUUAUAUUUAACCUGAACACUUUCAAAACCAAAGAUGCAAUGAUUGAAGCAAUGUCCCGGACAUACCAAUUUGGUGGAGAUCUCACAAAUACAUUCAAAGCAAUUCAAUAUGCAAAAGAUUUCGCUUAUGUGGCAGCUGCCGGAGGACGACCAGGUGCUACCAAAGUAAUGGUGGUUGUAACUGAUGGUGAAUCACAUGAUGGUUCAAUGCUGAAGGCCGUGAUUGAUGAGUGCAACAAUGACAAUAUAUUGAGGUUUGGCAUAGCGGUUCUUGGGUACUUAAACAGAAAUGACCUUGACACUAAAAAUUUAAUAAAAGAAAUUAAAGCAAUUGUCAGCAUUCCAACAGAAAGGUACUUUUUCAACGUGUCUGAUGAAGCAGCUCUACUAGAAAAGGCUGGGACACUAGGAGAACAAAUUUUUAGCAUUGAAGGUACUAUUCAAGGAGGAGACAACUUCCAGAUGGAAAUGUCACAAGUGGGAUUCAGCGCAGAUUACUCUCUUCAGAAGGAUAUUCUGAUGCUGGGCGCAGUAGGAGCUUAUGGCUGGAGUGGUACUGUGGUCCAGCAGACCGCUCAUGGACAUUGGAUCUUUCCUAAACAAGCCUUUGACCAAAUUCUGCAAGAUAAAAAUCACAGUUCAUAUUUAGGUUACUCUGUGGCUGCAAUUUCUACGGGAAAAGACGUUCACUUUGUUGCUGGUGCUCCUCGGGCAAAUUAUACUGGCCAGAUAGUGCUGUACAGUGUUAACGAGAACGGCAAUGUCACCAUUAUUCAGGCUCACCGAGGUGACCAGAUCGGCUCCUACUUUGGUAGUGUGCUGUGCUCGGUUGAUGUGAAUAAAGACACCAUUACGGAUGUGCUCCUGGUGGGUGCGCCAAUGUACAUGAAUGACCUAAAGAAAGAGGAAGGAAGGGUCUACCUGUUUACUAUCACAAAGGGCAUUUUGAAUUGGCACCAAUUUCUCGAAGGCCCUGAUGGUAUUGAAAAUGCUCGGUUUGGUUCAGCGAUUGCAGCUCUUUCAGAUAUCAACAUGGAUGGCUUUAAUGAUGUAAUAGUCGGUUCACCUUUGGAAAAUCAGAACUCUGGAGCUGUGUACAUCUACAAUGGGCACGAAAGCACCAUUCACAUGAAGUAUUCCCAGAAAAUCUUGGGAUCUGACGGAGCCUUUGGGAGCCAUCUCCAGUACUUUGGAAGAUCUUUGGAUGGCUACGGUGAUUUAAAUGGGGAUUCCAUCACCGAUGUGUCUAUCGGUGCUUUUGGACAAGUGGUUCAGCUCUGGUCACAGAGUAUUGCUGAUGUAUCUGUGAAUGCCUCCUUCACACCAGAAAAAAUUAUUUUGUUCAACAAGAAUGCUGACAUAAAACUCAAACUCUGUUUCAGUGCCAAGUUUAGACCUACCAAGCAAAACAGUCAAGUGGCCAUUACAUACAACCUCACAAUUGAUGCAGACCUGUAUUCAUCCAGAGUAACCUCUAGGGGGUUAUUUAAAGAAAAUAACGAAAGAUGCCUGCAGAAGAAUAUGAUAGUAAGUCAAACAAAGAGCUGCUCUGAGUACGUCAUCCACAUACAGAAGCCCUCCGAUGUUGUCAGCUCUUUGGAUCUGUGUGUGAACAUCAGUCUGGAAAAACCUGGCACCAGCCCCGCCCUUGAAGCCUACUCUGAGAAGGCCAAGGUCUUCAGUAUCCCUUUCUACAAGGACUGUGGGGAUGAUGGAAUCUGCAGCUCUGAUCUAGUUCUAGAUGUCCAACAGCUGGCAGCUGCUGAGCCCUUUAUUGUCAGCAACCAAAACAAAAGGUUAACAUUUUCAGUAAUGCUGAAAAACAAAAGGGAAAGUGCCUACAACACUGCAAUUGUUAUUGACUUUUCAGAAAACUUGUUUUUCGCUUCCUGGACCAUGCCGGUUGAUGGGACAGAAGUAAUAUGCCAGAUUGCUGCAUCUCAGAAGUCUGUUACCUGUGACGUAGGCUACCCUGCUUUAAAGAGACAGCAACAGGUGACUUUCAUGAUUAACUUUGACUUCAAUCUUCAAAACCUUCAGAAUCGGGCAUCUGUCAGUUUCCAAGCCUUAAGUGAAAGCUCUGAAGAAAACAUGGCAGAUAACUUGGUCAAUUUCAAAAUCCCUCUGCUGUAUGACGCCGAGAUUCAUAUAACGAGAUCUACCAACAUAAAUUUUUAUGAAGUCUCCUCGGAGGGGAAUGUUCCUUCAGUCGUGCACAGUUUUGAAGAUAUUGGUCCAAAAUUCAUCUUCUCUGUUAAGGUAACAACAGGAAGUGUCCCCGUCAGCAUGGCGUCCGUGAUCAUCCACAUCCCUCAAUACACCAAAGAAAAGAACCCGUUGAUGUACGUGACGGGGGUGCACACAGAUCAGGCUGGCGACAUCAGUUGUAGUGCCGAAAUAAAUCCACUGAAAAUAGGACACACAGCUGCUUCUGUAUCUUUCAAGAGUGAAAAUUUCCGGCACAUAAAAGAAUUGAACUGUAGAAGUGCUUCGUGUAGUAAUGUUACCUGCUGGCUGAGUGACCUUCAGGUCAAAGGAGAGUACUUCCUUAAUGUGUCUACCAGAAUUUGGAAUGGGACUUUUGCAGCAUCCACUUUCCAGACGGUACAGCUGACGGCGUCUGCAGAAAUCGACACCUAUAACCCCCAGAUAUAUGUGAUCGAAGAAAACACAGUCACGAUUCCCAUUACGAUAAUGAAACCUCAUGAGAAAGCUGAAGUACCAACCGGAGUUAUAGUAGGAAGUGUGAUUGCUGGAAUCCUUUUGCUAUUAGCUCUGGUUGCAGUUUUAUGGAAGCUCGGCUUCUUCAAAAGAAAAUAUGAAAAAAUGUCCAAAACUGUGGAUGAGAUCGACGAGUCCACAGAACUCAACAGCUGAGCCCCAGAGGUCUCUGCAGCGCGAGCUGGUGGCAGCACGGCCCGGGUUUGCUAUUUGCACGAACGGGUUUGUUUUAAGUCCCAGAGCUUUAUGUGUAAGCAGUAGACUGGCUCGCUAUUUUACGAAAACUGCAGCUUCUAGAAGCUCACUGAGGUGUGCUGCCUUCUCCAGUAAUUCAGGAUUAGCCACCUUUUUGGCCCUUGUCCAGAUCUCCCAUUUGUUGGAGCGGCUGCUCUCUACCAGGUAUGAGGAAGAAAAAUCAUCUCACUUACAUACUUGCAUUGAAUAAUCCCCUGAACUCCAGGGAGCUAUUUUCCUUUAUUGCUACAUAAGUAAGAAAAAUAAGCCACAGUGAAUUUCUAAUUGUUGGAAUUUCAGGCAGUGUAAACAAGGUACAAAACAAAACUUGGCAAUUUGCAAGAAAUUACAAGGAGAGCUUGGAAACGCCCAAAUUAGCAGGUGCACCCUCUGUGUGUGUGAGCGCUACUGGAGGACUUAAACGUCCAGAAGAAGGACUCCCACCUGGGCAAAUACGCUCAUCAGUUGCACAACUCCUUUGAUUUCUGGGAAACAAAUCAAAUUGGAAAAGUAAUCAACAUUAAUGAGAAAAGCGCUUAACCAAGAAUGAGACUCUAAAGUGUUAUUUUAAUUAUAAACCCCUCUUCACACCACAUCACUGAAUUAUAAAGUUACUUACUCUGGA